AACCGUUUACAGACACCACAACAGACUAUUGUAUCUCCUUUCAGGACAUUAACAAGGAUGUUAAAAUGCCAAAACUUUUGUUUUCAAAGAUUCGGUUGUAUAAAAUUAAGGAUCUGAUGGAAAAUGUUAAGCGGCCCAGAAGGCGUAAGAAGGACAUCCAGUGCCGCAUGGUUACAAAAAUAAAUGAUGAGACAUAUCCUUCAAACCUCAGUUGGCAGACUGAUCAUAAACUCCACCCGACAAUGGAAAAAUUGCUACGCGAUAAAAAAUAUUUAGCAGCAUUCCGCAGCUUCCUGCAGUCUGAGUUCAGUGAAGAGAACAUCGAGUUCUGGCUUUCAUGUGAGGACUUCAAGUCGACUGCCUCACCAGAUGACCUUGGCUGGAAGGCAGAGGAAAUCUACCGGAAGUUCAUCCAGCCUACGGCCUGCAGAGAGAUCAAUGUUGACCACCACAUUAGAGAGAAGAUUAAAAAGUCUUUGGAGAAGCCGAGCCUCUGCUGCUUCGAUGAGGCCCAGAAACAUGUUUACCUGCUGAUGGAAAGAGACUCUUGCCCCAGAUUCCUGCACUCAGAUGCCUAUCUGAGUCUAAAGCACAAAUCCAGUACUCUUUGGUAUAUUUAGCUCAAAACGCUGUGUCAAAACUGCUUUUCUAAUCCUCUCUUCUUGUCAUUUUCUUUCUUUUUGACUGAAUUGAAAAGUUAUUUCACACUGUAUGAGAUGUGAACCUUGGAUCAAAACUGACAUGAUGUAUUGAUGAAAUGUCGUGGAAAAUAGUAAAGCAGGAAUAGAGUAAGUGAUGCCAGUGGAAAAAAGUAUGUGUACGUGGGGGAAAAAGAAUGUUGUUGUUGUGCGUCAGGACGUUAGAUGAUUGCACAGAGUUUUUGAAGUUAUUUGAAAUGUCGUAUGUGUUGAUGGAAAGUCUUCGUAAGUAAAAGGU